AUGGCUUCCAGUUUCAGUCUUAAGCAUGCAGACACUGCUCCCGCUCCGAUCGAUUCAUCACUUGGUAAAGAUAUCAUGUCAGGCCCUGAGGAAACAGGUCCCGAUGGUACCAUUCAUUCUGGUCAAUCCACGCCGACGGGGCGGCCAUAUGUAGCUCGUCACAUGUCUUCACCGGCCACUCUGUUUCGUUCACCCACUCGGCACCACAGGCGAACACAUUCCACCCCCCGUCGAGAAGUCAAGGAGACGUUGGAUGCCAGUAUGCAAUAUAAUGAGAAUGACGACCGACGGAUCAACCAGUAUAUAAUAAAACAGGAGAUUGGCAGAGGGUCGUUCGGUUCGGUGCAUCUGGCCACAGAUCAAGAUGGCAUUGACUACGCAAUGAAAGAGUUCUCGAAAUCCCGGUUACGAAAACAGAUCAAGUCAAACUUAAUGCGGCAUGGCCCUCAUACAAUUGCUCCUCGUGGUGGCAGACUUAAUGUUCCCAUGCACCGUCGCAAAGGCUCAGAUCUCGCCACAGAAGGAGAGGCCGCCAAUCCACUAUUUCUUAUCCGUGGAGAAAUAGCGGCCAUGAAGAAAUUGAAUCACGAAAACCUUGUCAACUUAAUCGAGGUUUUAGACGACCCCGACGGUGAUUCGAUAUAUAUGGUGUUAGAAAUGUGUGCGAAAGGUGUUAUCAUGAGAGUCGGUAUCGGCGAAAAUGCGACACCGUUCGCAGAGAAUGACUGCAGAUACUGGUUCAGAGAUUUGAUGCUGGGGAUUGAAUACCUUCACGCUCAGGGCAUCAUACAUCGCGACAUCAAGCCGGAUAAUCUUCUUUUGAAUCACAACAAUUGUCUUAAAAUUGUGGACUUUGGAGUUUCUGAAAUAUUCAAUAAGGAUGCUGCUAUGAAAACAUCGAAAUCGGCAGGAAGCCCUGCAUUCCUCCCACCAGAAAUGUGCACUCUCGGGCAGACGGAGUAUGAUGGGCGGGCUGCUGAUAUAUGGUCGAUGGGUGUGUGUCUGUAUUGUUUCUUCUACGGACGUUUACCAUUCGAUCACGACAGCAUUAUGGAGCUCUAUGAAAGCAUUCGUGAAGAAGAGAUACAAUACACAGAUGAUACUCCACCAGAAUUGUUGGAUCUAUUUCAUAAAAUUCUUGAAAGGGACCCGACAAAACGGAUUACUAUGGAUGAGUUAAGGGUACAUCCUUGGAUCACUAAUAAUGGCAAGGAUACUCUCUUAUCGAAAGAAGAAAACGUUUCAGACAUAGUUGAGCCACCUACAGACGAUGAGAUUAGAAAUGCCAUAACAAAGAGCAUACGGAAUGUCGUCGCUGCUGUCAAGGCGGUCAGCAUGUUUAAGAGGCUUGUUAUAAGACGGCGACAUGAACGGAUGCUUGCCGAAGCCGCCAGGGAGAACAGAUACACUGACUCCACAGAAGCACUAUCGAGCUCACCAACAGCAUUGACUCCUCCCUUGCUGCCAUGGUCUCAAAGGCCCAGAAGUACGGAGGCAGAUAAUAGGACUAAUGUCCAAGGUAAACUUGCUGGUUUAGGUAUUCAAACCGACCCUCAGGCUUUCGAUCUCAGGUCUAUGGUCCAAGCCCUCCCAAAACGAGAAGAUAGCGGAAUCUCGGUGAACUCGGCUGCCUCGUUACCAGGCCCGGCAUUCCAAUUCUCCGAAUCAGCGUCAACCCCAAUUGCCGACAAGGAGGCAAUGGGUAUCUGGCACGAACUACUUAGAAAUGCGGUUAUGCCACAGCGUAAAGACAGCUAUGAGGAUAAGACUCAGCGGCCGUACUUAAACGUUGGCAACAGCGAUAGUCCCGCUGGGAACUUCAUUACUCGGUCUCCAGCCCCAACAGAUCAUCCAAUCUACGAAACAGCAUAUCAAGACGAUGUUCAACGUAUACAAAGGGAGCAGGGUACCAGUGCAACCGUGUACUCUAAUCGUCGGGUGGACGAAGCAAAAGAAGGGAGUAGUAAAUGGGGUAAACUUAGGUCAACCACAACAUAG